ACCAGCGGGACCUGGACAUAGACCCGGCCCGCAGAGCUCAGUGAUGGAGGAGUGAGGAUGCCGCAACACCACAGUCCCGUUUAAACUUUUUAGGGCCUUUCUUAACUUCCCUGUUUGGUUUUAUUUUAAUAGUCCUGUUUUAACUCUGGUGGUGCCAUGUUGAGGGUAGCUGUACAAUCGGCUAAAAAUCUGCCUAAAAAGAAGGUUGGAAGUCCGGACCCCAUUGCCUCCGUGAUUUUUAAAGAUGAGAAGAAGAAAACAAAAUCAAUUGACAGUGAGGUGAAUCCUGUGUGGAACGAGGUGCUUGAUUUUGACCUGAAGGGCCAGGCGCUUGAAUCCAACUCCUUCAUAGACGUGGUGGUGAAAGACUAUGAGACUAUUGGGAAAGAUAAAUUCCUUGGAUCAACUAAGAUCUCACUGAGAGACCUUGCCACUGGUCAAGCAAGAUCCUUACCGUCCAAAAAUGUUCCUCUGGCCAAUGAAAAUGGACAGAAUAUUGGAGCUACAAUCGAUCUUGUGGUGAGCUAUGAUCCUCCGGCCGGUGCGGCCCCAAACUCCAGUGACCCUAACUCAGGAGACGCUGUGGUGGAUGCUGGUGGUGGAGGGGAGGAGGGCGAUGGGACUCAUCCAGACGGGGUCCAGGGGGGCUCUGCUGGGACUCCACUGUCCCCCGGUCAGUCUGUUAACCUACGUAAGCGACUGGCCCGGGCCCAGAGUCGCCAUCGACUGGUCAAUAAACCUCAGGACUUCCAGAUUCGUGUCCGGAUCAUUGAAGCCCGUCAGUUGCCUGGAAACAACAUUAAACCAGUGGUGAAGGUCAGUGUGUGUGGAGACACACACAGGACCAGGAUCAGGAGAGGGAACAACCCGUUCUUUGAUGAGAUGUUCUUCUACAACGUCCACAUGCUGCCAUCUGACCUGUUUGAUAAGAACAUCAACUUCCGGAUUUAUAAUUCCUAUUCACUGAGGGCUGACAGUCUUAUGGGAGAGUUCAAGCUGGACAUCGGGUACGUCUAUGAUGAACCAGCCCACUGUGUUAUGAGGAAGUGGCUUCUGUUAAAUGACCCAAAUGACUCCAACUCAGGAGCUAAGGGUUACCUCAAAGUCAGCCUGUUUGUGGUUGGCACUGGAGAUGAGCCACCGGUAGAGAAGAAGGAGGCUAAUGAUGAUCAGGAUGACAUAGAGAGUAAUCUGCUGCUGCCAGCUGGUGUAACUCUGCGAUGGGCCACGCUGUCUCUGAAGGUGUUCAGAGCAGAGGACAUACCCCAGAUGGAUGAUGCAUUCAUUCAAUCAGUCAAAGAAAUUUUUGGAGGAGAUGAAAACAAGAAGAACCUCGUUGAUCCAUUUUUAGAAGCACGCUUCGCUGGCAAAAAGCUGUGUACUCAGAUCAUCGAGAAAAAUGCAAACCCAGAGUGGAACCAAGUUCUGAACCUUCAAGUAAAGUUCCCCUCCAUGUGUGAGCGAGUCAAACUGACCGUCUUUGAUUGGGAUCGUUUGACAGGAAAUGAUGCUAUUGGAACGACAUACCUGAACCUGUCCAAGAUAGCCUCCUCUGGUGGAGAAAUUGAAGAGGAACAUGCAGGAAUUGAGGAAGUUCCGUCCUAUGAAGCGAACACGGGACAGUCUGAGGUGGGUUUCCUGCCUGUCUUUGGGCCGUGCUAUGUCAAUCUGUACGGUAGUCCCCGAGAGUUCACCGGCCUGCCAGACCCUUAUGAAGACCUCAAUUAUGGCAAGGGGGAAGGAGUGGCGUAUAGGGGCAGGAUUCUGGUGGAGCUUUCUACUAAACUAGAGGGGAAAGAAGACAAAACAGUUGACAACAUCAGCAAUGAUGACAUCCUGGUGGUGCAGAAGUACCAGCGGAGGAGGAAGUACUGUCUGUGUGCCGUCUUCCACAGCGCCUCGAUGAUCCAGGAACCAGGAGAGCCGAUCCAGUUUGAGGUUAGCAUUGGUAAUUACGGCAACAAACUGGACACUACCUGUAAACCUCUGGCCUCCACCACUCAGUUUAGCUGCGCUGUGUUUGAUGGUAACCACUACUAUUACCUGCCCUGGGCGGGCACAAAACCAGUGGUUGUGGUUACAUCAUACUGGGAAGACAUCAGCCACCGUCUGGACUCUGCCAACAUCAUCCUCUACAUUUAUCACCGCCUGCAAUCAAACCUGGAGGCAUUUAAAACUGGCAUCUUGGCAAAAAUGUCUGACAACGAUCUGGUUGAGGUGUGGCUGAAGCUGCUGACUCAGCUAAUUGAAGACCUGGAAAGUUUCCCCAUGCCUGAACUGGAGGGCCGCUCCAACCUGACAUCUCUGGACGUCCAGAUCAAGAAGCUGCGAGACAGCGGGCUGACAAACAUCAGGGAUGGCGCCCGACGCAUGAGAGAGGAGGCUAGAGAGAUCAGAAACACUCUGUCUGAUCUCGAGUCCUGGGCUGAAAAACUGAAAAUGCUGGCUGAGGAGCCUCAGAACAGCAUGCCUGAUGUGAUCAUCUGGAUGUUACGGGGAGAGAAGAGAGUUGCCUACUGUCGUAUCCCAGCGAACCAGAUCCUCUACUCCACGUACAGUGAGCAGGCCUGUGGCCAGCACUGCGGCAAGAUGCAGACCAUCUUUUUGCAGUACCCCAUGGACAAGUCAAAGGGCCUGAAGGUCCCGGUUCAGAUCAGAGUGAACAUGUGGCUCGGUCUGUCAGCACACGAGAAGAAGUUCAACUCCUACUCUGAGGGAACCUUCAGUGUGUUUGCAGAAAUGUAUGAGAACCAGGCCCAGGUGUUCGGGAAGUGGGGGACCACAGGACUAGUGGGACGCCACAAGUUCUCAGAUGUUACGGGAAAACUGAAGCUGAAAAAGGAGUACUUUAUGCCCCCCAGAGGAUGGGAGUGGGAGGACAACUGGUUCAUUGACCCAGAGAAGGCUUUGUUAACAGAAGCCGACGCCGGGCACACUGAGUUCAUGGACGAGGUGUUCCAGAAUGAGACUCGUUUCCCUGGAGGAGAGUGGAAAGCUGCUUCUGAGCCCUUCACUGAUGUGAAUGGUGAGAAGAAUCGUAACCCUGGAGAGUUUGACUGUCCUCCUGGUUGGGUCUGGGAAGAUGAGUGGACUGUGGACGUCAACAGAGCUGUGGAUGAUGAAGGUUGGGAGUAUGGAGUCACCAUCCCUCCAGAUGACAAACCUCGGUCCUGGGUCCCAGCAGAGAAGGUUUACCACAUCCACCGCAGAAGACGACUGGUCCGACCUCGCAGGAGGGCUGCCGUUCCUGCAGGAGGAGCUCAGGCGAGGCGGGACCAAGGGGACCCUGAGGGCUGGGAGUUCUCUUCUCUGAUUGGCUGGAAGUUCCACAGGAAGGAGCGAUCAUCGGAUACGUUCCGGCGGCGGCGCUGGAGGAGGAAGAUGGCACCAGAGGACCGGCUCGGAGCUUCUGCCAUCUUCCAACUAGAGGGGGCACUGGGUGUUGAUACCGAGGAGAAAGAGAAAGGCUCCAAAGCUGAUGCCACAAAGCUGUUCGGUGCCAACACGCCCACUGUGUCCUGCUCUUUUGACCGGUCACACGUGUACCAUCUCCGUGUCUACGUCUAUCAGGCCCGAAACCUUGCGUCUAUGGACAAAGAUAGCUUCUCUGAUCCGUACGCUCACAUCUCCUUCCUUCAUGUCAGUAAGACAACUGAGAAGAUGGCAUCAACUCUUAACCCAACCUGGGACCAAACUCUUAUUUUCCAUGAUAUAGAGAUCUAUGGAGACCCUAGAAAUGUCGCUCUCCGCCCACCUGAUGUUGUUCUUGAGUUCUACGAUCAUGACCAAGUGGGGAAGGACGAGCUGCUGGGCCGCAGUGUUUGCGCACCUGUAGUGAAGCUGAAUCCGGGCAUGGAUCAGACCCCCAAACUGCUGUGGCGCCCAGUCAUCCAGAACGGAGUGCAGGCCGGAGAGGCUUUGGUGGCUGCUGAGCUCAUCCUUAAAGACAAGUCGUCUGAGUCCGAUCUCCCUCUGGUCCCCCCUAAGAGAGCAGAGAACCUCUACAUGGUUCCUCAGGGCAUCCGGCCUGUGGUGCAGCUCACUGCUGUGGAGAUCCUGGCGUGGGGGCUGAGGAACAUGAAGCCAUUCCAGCUGGCCGCUGUGUCGUCGCCCAGCCUGGUGGUGGAGUGUGGGGGGCAGAGAGUGGAGUCAGCCGUCAUCAAGAAUAUGAAGAAGAGCCCAAACUUUCCCAGCUCUGUGCUCUUCAUCAAAGUGCUUCUUCCAAAGGAUGAGAUGUACACGCCUCCCAUCGUGCUCAAGGUGGUCGACCACCGUCCAUUCGGCAGGAAGCCUGUGGUUGGUCAGUGCACCAUCACCUCUCUGGAGGACUUCAGAUGUGACCCGUAUGUUGUAACUGCAGAGGGAGCCAUGUCAUCUAAAAUGGCUCUGAUGGCAGCUUCACCUUCAAAACACGUCUCUAUUAACAUGGAAGAAUCAAGACCACUGCUCGAGACUCAGUUCAUGUACAGCAUGUCAGCUGCUGUCAACAAAUUGGCUUCCCCUACCUUCCACUUUAUUGCAGAGAAGGAAAAGGAGACAGUGGAUUGGUGGAGUAAAUUUUAUGCCUCUUUGGGAGACCAGGAGAAAUGCGGCCCCUACCUUAAGAGGGGAUACGACACCUUAAAAUUGUAUGAAUGUGAUCUGGAGGACGUCCCAGAAUUCAAAGGGCUGACUGAUUUCUGCAGCACCUUCAAACUGCAGCGAGGGAAGAAUGAAGACGGAGACGAAGACCCCACAGUGGUUGGAGAGUUGAAGGGUUCCUUCAAAGUGUACCCUCUACCAGACGACCCAGGUGUGGCUCCUCCACCCCGACAGUUCAGAGAGCUGCCAGAAAGUGGACCUCAGGAGUGUCUGGUCAGGAUUUAUGUGAUCCGUGGCAUAGACCUGCAGCCCAAAGACAACAAUGGCAGAUGUGAUCCAUACAUGAAGAUUUCCCUGGGAAGAAACACGAUUGAUGACAGAGAUCAUUACUUACCCAACACUACCAACCCUGUGUUUGGAAGGAUGUUCGAGAUGACGUGUUUCCUGCCCCAAGACAAAGACCUGAAAAUCUCUGUCUAUGACCAUGAUCUCCUGACUCGUGACGAGAAGGUCGGUGAGACAGUGAUCGAUCUGGAGAACCGCUUCCUCUCCAGAUACAACUCCUACUGUGGGUUGCCACAGACCUACUGCACUUCGGGGAUAAACCAGUGGAGGGACCAGCUGAAGCCCUCUGAGAUCCUGGAGAACCUGGCGCGUCUAAAGGGUUCGUCCAAACCCAGGACUGAAGACAACGGCACAUCACUCACCUUCAACGGCACAGAGUACACGCUGGCUCAGUUUGAGACUAACAAAGAAAUCCAUCAACACCUGGGUCCAGCCCGAGAGCGACUCUGUCUGUACGUGCUCAGGAAACAAGGCCUCGUCCCUGAACACGUGGAGACCAGGACCCUUUACAGCACGUUCCAGCCCACUCUCUCACAGGGACAACUCCAAAUGUGGGUGGACGUUUUCCCCAAAUCCAUUGGCCCUCCAGGACCUCCGUUUGACAUCACUCCACGCAAACCGAAGAAGUAUUUCCUACGAGCUAUCAUCUGGAACACAACAGACGUGACUUUAGACGAGACAAGCAUCACAGGAGAGCGAAUGAGUGACAUCUACGUCAAAGGCUGGAUGCCGGGCAUGGAGGAGGACAAACAGAAGACAGACGUCCACUACAGAUCUCUGGAUGGAGAUGGAAACUUCAACUGGAGGUUCAUCUUUGACUUCGAGUACCUGCCAGCUGAACAACUCUGCCUUGUGUCCAAGAAGGAGCGCUUCUGGAGUCUUGACAAAACAGAGUUCAGGAUUCCCCCCAAGCUGAUUGUUCAGAUAUGGGACAAUGACAAAUUCUCAUUGGAUGACUACCUAGGCACUUUGGAGCUGGAUUUGCGUAACCUGGUCCCUCCUGCAAAGACCCCCGAAAAGUGCUCUCUGGAGAUGAUGGAUGAUCUGGAAAUUGGAGCUCCACAAAAGAAGGAGAACGCCAAGUCUCUGUUUGCUCAGCAGUCAGUCAGGGGGUGGUGGCCUUGUUCUAUGGAGAAGGAUGGAAAGAAGGAGCUGGGGGGAAAAGUGGAGAUGACCCUGGAGAUCGUGAGUGAAGCAAACGCAGAUGAAAGACCUGCAGGAAAAGGCCGGGACGAGCCCAACAUGAACCCCAAACUGGACCUUCCCAAACGCCCUGAUACGUCCUUCUUAUGGUUCACAAACCCAUGUAAGACCAUGAAGUUCAUUGUGUGGAGAAGGUAUAGGUGCCUCUUUAUCACACUCAUCAUCCUCAUCAUAGUUAUCCUCUUCCUCGCCAUCCUGUUGUACUCUUUACCGAAUUACAUAUCAAUGAAGAUUGUGAAGCCAUUUUAACUCUGUAAAGGAGGAGCAGAGGAACAGUAAAGGACCGUCAAACAUCUCCAGUAUCACAGUGGCUAUCGACAAAUGUUUCAGAAUAUUUUUCAAACUUUUAGUUUUUUUUUAUGAACUUUUAGGGUCUGGGUGCUUGCACAUUUGCACUAUGUCAUCACAUUUUCAUCAUGAACAUAUUUUCUACACUGCUUUAUGUGACAGACACAUUUGUGAUGUUUUUAAACCACUGCUUUUAACCCAACGCACACAUUGAGUAAUACAGAAAAGGCAGCACUUGUGUACAUUUAAAUGCAACCAACAGUCCUGUAAACAGCACUUAAAAUGAUCAAAAAAAGCAUAAUAAAUGUGGGUUAUAUGUCUAUGUUUGGGUAAUUUUCUAUUUGACUGCACAUUAUUGGUGGUUAUUUCUAAUAUUACAACACACUUUUUUAAAAAAGGCACUUCACAAGAAUUUGUCAUCAAAAUUUGCAUUUUGUUUUUAUUUAUUACAGGACUGUUUGAUUGCAUUUCACUGUACAUGGGCUUUUUCUGCUUCCUGAAAUGUAACCUGCAAAAAUCAUGUCUGUUUGCCUUUUGUGUAUUAAAAUUUUAAAGAUUUUUUUAAAUUAAAUAUAAAACUAUUA